CAUGCCUAAUGACACAUUUUUAAAGAUCCUAAAAAAGGGACCUUUUCCAUUUCCUUUGGCAAAGACUCUAUCUGGCUAUCUAAUUAAGGUAUUGGGCACUCUUCAUACUGAUGGGAUUGCUCAUUGCGACAUAAAACCAGAGAACAUUUUGAUUGCAGCUGACUAUAAUCUAAAACUGUGUGAUUUUGGAUUUGCCAGAGUCUCAAAUUAAAAUUUAAGACCUGCUGGAGGAACUCCAGGAUACACUGCUCCAGAAUUGUAUGUGAAUGAGACAAUCAAUUUUUUUAAAUGUGACAUCUUUGCUUUGGGAGUAGUAUUGUUUAUAAUAGCGUUGGGAUUCCCUCCAUUUUAAACGAAUGAUCCGAAUUCAAGAGAUGGGUGGUGGGCAUUAAUCUAUAAUAAAUAAUAUGAAUUAUUCUGGAGCAAGUGCGAAGGUUUUAGAUAACAACAAUUUCCCAAAGAAUUUAAGACUAUGAUUAUGUCGAUGUUAGAGAUUGAUCCUGAUAGGAGGAUAUCCUUAGACAAAUUGCUGGAACAUGAAUUCCUGAUGGAUGGAGCAACUGAGGAGGAAGUAUUAAUGGAGAUACAGAAGAGGGUGAAGGAAUGAAAAAUGAGAAUAGAGAUUAGC